GUGUGUGUGUGUGUGUGUGUGUGUGUGUGGAUUGAAAAUGCCGUCUCAGCAGGGAGAGACACGACAGAGUGGGAGAGCACUGGUGGGACCAGCAGGCAGUGGUGAGGGAAGUGGGAGAAGGGAAGUGGGAACAAGAAGAAAGUGGAGUCAGACGAUGAGUGGGAGACGUUUGUGGGCAGGCCCGAUGAUAUGAAUGUGGGUUAAGAGGAUAUGAAGACAAAAAAAAAGUCAGAUUAGACCUUAUGAUUUCAAACUCUCCCACUCACUGCACAUGAAAUGUGUUUUCCUGUGUGGAAUAAGGAAAUGAAUUCUCAUGUAUCCAGGGGUAAAACACGUCUAAAAUGUCCUAGAUACAGUGAUUGUGGUUUGACCUUAAUAUGACUGGUGUAGAAUUUAGACUACUUGUUACAAAAAAUCACAUUAAAAAACACAUAAAACUGCUCUUGUGAUGUAUUAAAAACUCCGGAGCCCCUGAAGUCCCCCUGAAAAAGUUUGAAUUAAAUAUCUUGUGCGCACAAGAUAAUUAACUUGUUUACAAGUUAGAUAGAUAAUUAUCUUGUUCCCACGAGUGAAUAUGUUGUGCACACAAGUUUAAAAUAAAGAAAGUGUUCACACAACAUAUUAUCUAACUUGUGUUAAUCAUGUAAACACACUUUUUUUUUUUUUUUUUUACUUUUUGGGAAAUCAGGGGCCCCGUAGAAAACCUCUAAAACGUGUUUCAAGCAUAGACUGUAAAUAACAUAUAUAUUUAUACAGUCUAUGGUUUCAAGUCAAAGGUAUUUCUUUUUUUUUUUAAUAUUCACAAAUAUAUUUUUAUAUUCAGCAAUACAGAAUUAAAACAAUUACUCCAACUAAGAAAUAUUGUUUAUGUAGUCAAAUGUUGCUGUUCCACUAUGCUAGGGACCUCCAAUGUUGAUUAAAACACAUUUAUGUUUUCAUCAAUAACAUAGCACCUGGUCUCUUUUAGUGUUGCUUUUAUGAAUGUUAACGUUUUAGAUUGUUUUUUUAAAUGUUGUGUUCCUUAGUUAUAUUAUUUAUUUUCAUAGCAGGGUGGUCUUGAAUAAUGAAAUUGUCUUCCACUGUAUGUGACAUUGAUGGAAUGACAAUCAAAUUAACUUGAACUUUUAUUGUGACUAGGAAAAGGGCACUGUAUUUAAUUUUGAGUCAGGCCUAUGUCCAGCAACAAUAUGAAGCUGAAAGGAGUCCCAACCACGUGUAUUGCAUACUCCUGUGAGUAGAACGUACUUAACAAUUCAGAUGAUCUACAAUUGCACUAUUCCUUGAGUAGGCCUAUGAAAGUAAAUUGUUAGAUGUCCAAAGUGCAUGUUUGUGAAAAAGUAAAAAUAAAUUAGUUUGUUUAUUAUAAUUUGCAAUAUCCAUUCCUUUGCAUCUGAUAAAAGAAGUUCAACUCUUCAAUAUAAUGUUUUCUUUCUGUGUUUUGCAGUGGAAGGGGCUGUAAGAUCAUAACAAAAGAGAGAUACAGACGCUCUAGAUUUCCCAGUAGAGCAGAAACAAAUCAAUUCAAGUCUGUUUUGGAAUUUUAUCAGUGUAACAUUUUUACUUUCCCCCCCAAGGUCAGAGAAAAAAAACAGAGGGCAUGGAGCAGCAUGGAGACAAAAAGGCGAAGCAGUCAGAUAUGGGUUUAAUCUAACCCACAAAACAAAACUAAGCCUUCAUCCUCACUUCUGGAGGCUGCUGGGUAGGGUAGGUUUGAUUUAAGCAUAACGUCAUUCAACACAAAAACACGGGAUAACCCCAAACGACCACGUGCGCGGUAGGAAACUCAGGUUUGACGUCAGUGCCCAUGUAAGGAGAACCGGCAAGGCCAUAUUUGGUCGUUCCGCUUAUGACGCUAUUCUUUCUGUGGAAAUCAAGGCGGGGGCUGCGCUCACCCCGCCCCUCGCACGGCUGUUAUCAAUGAACAACACCAACUCUAAAUCAAGCUGAUUUUGAGAGUCCAAAGGGAGAGUUCAAGUGCUCUCUAUUUGUAUUUAUUUUCACAUAGGUCACUUUCCAGAUGCACAUUAUCAACGCGUAAAGUAUUUAGCUUACAUAAAUAGGCCUACACUAAAACCUGAUACUUUCUUUAUUUGAAGAAAAGUGAGGUGGUGUAUCUUUUAAACUAUUCUAAGUAGACCUUUUCAGCCAUGUCUUUACGUAGUGAACCUUUGGAGAUAACUGGUAGUGAGCUGGUCCACAUUCUCAGGACCCCCCGGGACCAGUACAGCUCUGCCGGGUGUGUGGUGCUGGACUGCAGACCUUUCCUCGAUUUUACUAUGGCGCAUAUUUGCGAGUCCCGAAAUGUCAACUGGAACUCAAUGCUGCGCCGGAGAUCCAAGAGCUCCGUGGUUGCUCUGGAGUGGCUCAUCCCGGACAAGGCGCUCGUGGGCCGGCUGCAGAGAGGAGAGUUUUCCCCGGUGGUGAUGGUGGACGAAAGCAGCCGCUCAGUGUCCGAGCUGAAGGCAGAGAGCGUUGCCCAGAUGUUACUCACAGCCCUGCAAAACGAAGUUCACACGCAGAUCUGCUUUGUGCAAGGUGGAUUUGAAGGAUUUUCAGAGGCCUAUCCAGAGCUAUGUUACACCUCUGCCAGCCUCUCUCAAGUGGAACCAGAGCCAAUGGUGACAGGACGCAGGACACCAGCGUAUGAUCAGGAUGGUCCAGUGGAGCUGCUGCCCUUCCUGUUUCUGGGCAGUGCCAUCCACGCGUCCCGCAGAGAGACCCUGAAAGCAGCAGGGAUCACAGCUGUGCUCAAUGUUUCCUCCACAUGCCCAAACUCGUACGAGGGGGAGUUUGAGUACCUGCGGAUCACUGUCGAGGACAGCCUGGCUGCUGACAUCAGGGCCUGCUUCUCCACAGCCAUUGCCUUCAUCGACUCUGUGAAGCAGAGUGGAGGUCGGGUGCUGGUGCACUGCCAGGCAGGUAUCUCCCGCUCCGCCACCAUCUGUCUGGCCUACCUCAUGCACACGCAGCGUGUCAAGCUUGACGAGGCUUUCGACUUUGUGAAGCAGCGGCGUCAGGUUAUCUCCCCAAACCUGGCCUUCAUGGGACAGCUACUGCAGUUUGAGACUGACGUCCUCUGCCAAGGAUGAAGAUCCAGACAUGCAUUGUGAGGAAGGAAACAAACAUAAUAAUUUUUUUGUUGUUGUUGUUCAUUGUGCUGGACUCUGAGUGGUAUCAGGUCUCAUGUGUACAAACUUGUAAUUUGUACUUUCGAAAGUGAUACAUUUCAGAAGUGUUCCCUCAGGAGGUUCAGAGAAAAGCUACUUGUGCUGCUGGCAUCACAUGAUUGGUUGAUCUGAAGUGACAAAUGGAAACUUCUUAGAACAAACAGAUGUUGGCAUUAUAAGCUCCACUGUUAGAACCACAAUAUGAACAUUUAUGAACCCGAGCCAGCAAGGUGAAGCAGCUAUGACAUCAUUUCCCUUGCGUUCUAUCCUUGCAGGGUAUUGUGCCUGCUUGUCUGAUUUUGUAUGUGUUUUUUUUUUUUUGUGUGUGUGUGUGUGUGUGUGUGUGUGUGUGUGUGACGUAUGUGCCUGAUCUUUAACAAGGGCUGUCUACUUUUUGACUCAAAGCCAUUCCUUCACAGAUCGCAACCCUGUGACAUGUCAUGUCUUCUUUUGAGACAACACUGUGAUGACUUCUUAAGCUAUACUGGAUGGAUCGAAAGUUUUAUUUUUCUAAUUUAUAAUGAUGCACUAACUAGUUAUUCUCAUCAUUCUGUAACAUGAGCGAGAAUGUACACUCAAAAUGUAAGACAUUCUUUUUUUUUUAUAAUGCAAAUAGAUUUUUAUUUUUGUAUUUAUUACUUCAGCAUUUCUCAUGACAGUUUUAACAUAUUACUGUCUGUCACUGCACUUUAUACCUUCAGGGUUUGGUUGAUUCCUGCUGUGUUUCCCCCACUGAAAUAAAAUGUGCUGAAGGAA